CAACCUCCACUAAUGUGUACAAGGUGUACACAGACGUUUGUACCUCGGUAUAGACGCCCGGACGUUAAUACCCCGAACCUGUUUUGUUUUUAUCACUGAAUAGAGAAGGGAUUUUGUUUCCUCUAUUGUUUUUUUCUUUUUACCGAUUCCGUCGACGAUAUUUCGACGACGGCGUGGCGUCUUAGGGCCAUUGUAGGUAAACGCCGCCGUAGUAUUUCACGGGCUGGGAAUCCCACAGUUCUUUAAAAGAAAUGGAGGUGGCUCCCGGAUAGAGAGAAGUUAUGACAUGUAGGAUUUUAUUUUUUUUAUCGUCAGUUUUGCUGCUGGUUUAUUGUACUGCUGUUGGAGGAGUGUGUGGAAGUCGACAACGAUGCUUCAAGGAAAACCCGACAAGUGUCACAUUGUGAUGAACCUGAGUGCUACAGAGCGGUGUGCCUUUGUGAUGGCCACCCCUGACUGCAGCAUGGAAGAUGGUUUCAUCAACUAUCUCCAUCUAGUCUUCUGCUUGCUGCCCCCCAACCUCACACCUCUUACCAUCACUCUCUGUGUAAGGCAGCCCCUCUUCUCUCUGCAUAUGUGUCUGGGGGUUUGGAUUUUAUGGCUCUUCUUCUUGUUCAAUGUUCUUGGAUUAAUUGCGUCUAAAUUUUUCUGUCCAAACCUCUCAGCCAUCUCUACUACAUUGCGUCUCACUCACAACGUGGCUGGUGUGACGUUUCUGGCUUUUGGUAAUGGAGCUCCAGACAUUUUCAGCGCCAUGGCUGCUUUCUCUCUCCCACACACAGCUGGCCUGGCUGUUGGAGCUCUGUUUGGGGCAGGUUUAUUUGUUACCACAGUAGUUGCAGGGAGCGUGUCUUUGGUAAAGCCUUUCACAGUGGCAUCCCGUCCCUUCCUGCGUGACAUCAUUUUCUAUAUGGCUGCAGUGUUCUGGACCUUCUUCAUCCUCUACAGAGGGACCAUAUCACUUGGAGAAAUACUUGGGUAUCUGAGUUUCUACGUGGUGUACGUGUUGACUGUUAUCAUCAGCGCUUGCAUCUACAACCGAGAGAAACUCUCAGCAAAUGCAGCUGUUCAAAAUGUCACACAUGUACCAGAGUUUCAGUCAUCUGACUCAGACGAUGAAGUCUCUUGCAUGAGCAAUGGCAGCAUACAACAGGAAUAUGAGGCAGAGUACAGACCCCUCCUCCCCCACACUGAGUCAACCAGUCACAUCCUGCUGAGCUCUCUCAACCCGGUGGACAACAGGAAGUGGAGGAGGAAGUCCUGCAGCUGGAAAAUCAUCAAAGUGCUGAAGACACCACUCGAAAUUCUGCUGCUGCUGUGUAUCCCCAUCGUUGACCCUGACAAAGAUGACAGGAACUGGAGACGUCCGUUAAACUGCCUUCAUCUUGUCACUGCUCCUCUGGUUUGUGUAUUCACCUUCUGGUCCGGAAAGUAUGGAGAUUAUAUGAUCCAAGGAGAGUUUCCUCUUUGGCUCAUGACUCUCCUUCUGGGCCUCUUCCUUGCUGCAAUUGUCUUCUGUACAACCACCAAUGACUGUCCUCCAUUCUAUCACCCACUCUUAGCUCUGCUAGGUUUUGCAGUGAGUGCAAUGCUGAUCAGCACAGCAGCCUCAGAGGUGGUCAGUCUUCUGCACAUGCUCGGUGUGGUGCUGAGUCUCAGCAACACUGUGCUGGGACUGACCCUGCUGGCCUGGGGCAAUAGCAUAGGAGAUUGUUUCUCCGAUAUCACCAUUGCACGUCAGGGUUACCCAAGGAUGGCCAUAUCUGCCUGCUUUGGAGGCAUCAUCUUCAACAUACUGAUUGGUGUGGGCUUGGGCUGUCUAAUGCAGAUGGUUAGGAGCCACUCUGAAGUACAGUUGGAACCGGAGGGUUUGCUGACAUGGGUUCUCGCGGGUUCCCUGGGUUUGUCAUUGGUUCUCUCCUUCAUGAUUGUUCCACUGUCCCGGUUCCACUUGGGUCGGGCCUACGGGAUCUUCCUCUUUGGAUUUUAUGCCAUCUUCCUUCUCAUUGCAUUGCUGACAGAGUUUGGAAAGAUCCACGUUGUCAAGGCCUGA